CAAAUGGCAUUUAACGGCUCAGAACAGGCGGAGACACCGGAGGAGGCAGCACGCAAGCUGGGAAGCACUUCUGUCGCUUCACAUCUCGACGAAUCCCACAUAUGCACACAGGAUUGGACUAGUAUACUUAAUUCCGACUGAAAUCAAUGAAGGAGAGACGCUCGUGUCAAAAACUAUCUCUGAAAUCCGGCAUGGAUCCCAGUCAGAGUGUAAAGUGUAAGAUAGUGGUGGUGGGAGACAGCCAGUGCGGGAAGACUGCCCUGCUUCACGUGUUCGCCAAGGACUGUUUCCCCGAGAGCUAUGUCCCCACAGUGUUUGAAAACUACACAGCCAGUUUUGAAAUCGACACGCAGAGGAUUGAGCUCAGUUUGUGGGACACCUCAGGAUCUCCGUACUACGACAAUGUGAGGCCUCUCUCCUAUCCCGACUCUGACGCGGUCCUCAUCUGUUUCGACAUCAGCCGCCCUGAAACACUCGAUAGCGUACUGAAAAAGUGGAAAGGGGAGAUCCAGGAGUUUUGUCCCAACACUAAGAUGUUGUUGGUUGGAUGCAAGUCAGACCUGCGCACCGACCUGAGCACACUGGUGGAGCUUUCCAACCACAGACAGACACCAGUCUCUUAUGACCAGGGUUCCAACAUGGCCAAGCAGAUCUCGGCGCCCUACAUCGAGUGCUCGGCUCAGCAGUCAGAGAACAGCGUCAGAGACAUUUUCCACGUGGCCACACUGGCUUGCAUCAACAAAAAUAGCAAAAACGUCAAGCGCAGUAAGGCCACCCGCGGCAACAAGAGGAUCUCACACAUGCCAAGUAGGCCCGACCUGGCGGCUGUGGCCUCGGACCUUCGGAAGGACAAAGCCAAAAGUUGCUCGGUGAUGUGACUGAUCAGACUGAGGGGGAUUAGACUGAGAAUGAGGACAGCGCACAGUGCCAGCAGGAAGCUAUGGGGCAACUCUCAUUCCUGCAUGCUAAAGACCCCUUAUUUUUCUGGAAAGGGGUUUUAUAAGCUUCAAUUCGUGUACAUGUUACUGGAAUACUCUGUACCAGUGAAAACUCAAUGCGUAGUAGCAUCCCAAUCCAUG